AUGAAACUUGCUUACUCCCUCACUCUUUCCUUUCUCCUCUUUGUUUUCAUCACCAAUCUUUCUAUAGCUUUCUCAAAUGAUGAUGUUGUGGAAGUACUGGACAUAAACGGUGCACCCGUGAUCGGAGGUAACGAAUACCACAUUGUCACUACCAUCAAUGGCAUCGCCACACGUAGUGGAUUAGAACUAGCAAGAACCAGAAAUUCCAACUGUGAUGUUAGUAUCCUACAAAGUUAUUACAAACCACAUAGGAUGAGAACAUCUGUGACAUUUACCAAUUUAGUAAACAAAUCUGAAAGAAUCCUCACAAAAACACUACUUAACAUUAAUGUUGGUAACCUGCCCUAUUGUGCUGAUUCAUCAGAAUGGUUAUUAUAUUUUGAUUACAAUAUUUAUCAAGCUUGUGUUGGUAUUGGUGGUUAUAAAAACUAUAAUAACUCGCCAAUACUUACUGCCAAAUUUGGUAUUUGGAAGCAUGGAUUUGGUUAUAAGUUUAAAGUUAUCACGGCUGGAUCUAGUACUUAUUUAGACAUUGGGAGGUUGUAUCAACAAAUUGGUGAAGGUGGACACCGUUUGUAUAUGGCUGGAGAUGUAGAAGACCCUUAUGAAUUUAUUUUGGUUCCUGCUUUCAUAAAAACUGAAAAGUCUGUAGUUUGA